AUGGUCGAUCGUAUCUAUGAUCUAUAUGCUGUUCUCAAUGAUAAAAAUGGAACAAACAAUUCACCGGAAGCACUGAGUGCUUAUCAAAAUUUGAUUGAUGCAAUGAAACAAGGUCCACAGGAGAAAAAGUUAGCGUUGCAGUUUAUUGGUAAAUUUUGUAAAAAUUUUCCGGCCGAAAUGAACAAAACCGUGGAAGCUGCGAUUGAUCUUUGCGAAGAUGAAGAUAUCAAUAUUCGUAAAAUGGCGAUCAAAGAGUUCCCAACAUUGAUUCGAGCAUCGACUGAUACACUUCAACGUGUAAUUGGCAUUUUAAUUCAAUUACUUCAAGCGAAUGAUACCAGCGAAGUGACACAAGUACAAAAUUCAAUCAUGACGAUUUUUCAUAUUAAUCCAAAAGAAACAAUUACAGGAAUUCUUGGUGAAAUCCAACGUUCGCAAGAAGAUUUACUUCGUAAACGUGCUCUUCGUUUUGUAUGCACACGAAUUGCAACAUUAGAUGAAACGGAUAUGUCCAAAGACGUCGAAGAGCAUUUAAUAAAAACAUGUAAAGAAAUUUCCUCGGCACUCGAUGCGGAAGAAUUUGUCACAAUAAUUAAAUUACUCUCAACACUUCGUUCGAUGCAAACAUUAAUCGCACGACAAGAACUUGUCAAUUUGAUUAUAAAUCAAUGUAACUUAGAACAAGGAUGGAAUGGUGUCGAUGCCGAUCGAUUGAGUCUUGUUGUUAAUUAUAUGGGUCAUGCAAUGAGUUUACUCUCUAAAAAUGUUCAUUCGACAAAAUUUGUGGUUUUUAUGCUUGAUUACGUGAUUGAACAUGUGGAUAAAUUGGUGCUUUCGUCGGAUGAUAAACUUGAUCUGUUUCGAAUUCUUGCUGAAAUGUGUCCAUUUUCGACAGAAUUCGAUCGACCCAAAGAACGUUUAGCAAAAUUAUUUAAUGUUUUAAUGACAUUUUUACCUGAACCUCCUGUCGAAACAGAAACAAUUUCUAAUGAAACUACUCCGGAUUUUCAAUUUUCAUUUAUUGAAUGUUUAAUGUAUGCCUUGCACCAAUUGUCGAGAAAAUAUCCCGAUUUUCUCAUUGCUGAAGAAAAUGAAGAACGUGUGAAAGAUUUCCGUUUAAGAUUACGUUACCUUUAUCGUGGCGCUUCAUCAUAUACCACUCAAUUGAAGAGUUGUUUGAAUGAGAAAAUCGAAGGCGAUGAACAAGACGAACGAAAAAAAUCGCGACUGAUCGCCUAUAAAAUCUGUUCGAAUGUACAAGUUAUGAUACGUGAUUUAUGUCGUUCACCGCCAUCGUUCAAAUCCAAUGUGGUUCUCUCAUGGAAAACAAAUGAAGAAUUGAAAAGAUCACUUUCCGAAACUGAUGGUGGAACAUCAGCAACAAACAAAAAUGGCGCCGGAACAAAUAAUAAUGGUAACGCAGGAAACAAACGUGCUCGUCCAGAAAAACAACUCUAUCGACCUCCAAGUGGUGGCCAAGUCGGUGGACAAAAGAACCGUCGCGGCGGUUAUCAACGAUACUGA